GCUGCACGUGCGAGUGAGAAUACAUCAAACAAUUAAUAAGUAAUAAUUACAAGUUGCCUGGGCCUUGUCCCAGGGUGCCUAGAGGAACGUCAUCAUGUCACGCAAGCGUCAAGCUAACGAUAUUCAAGAUCUGUAUAAGAAAUUAGAAAAAAUACAGAGAAAGUUAGACAUCAUACGUGCCGUUCCGGAAAGUUCCAGCACGGACGAGGAGGAAGAGCAAAGACAGGUGAUAGAUGAGGAAAAAGAAUCGGACCUCUCUGAUGCAAUAGGUUCAGAUAAAGAAGAAAAUGAACAACUUACUGAGCAGUUAGACAAAGAAAACGUAGCGCCAAGCAAUUCGGACCAGAACACAGUGGCGACGGUCGACAAUGAGAUCCUCGAGAUGCUUGGAGAAGAUCCGCAAAAAUCAAAAGCGCUAGAUAUUGUUUUACAUGAUUCUUUGAAACUGCGUUGGAAUUACUGGAUUACACACGGAAUAGAACAGAAGUCCAAGGAAGAGCUGACGGUCAAAUACGCUCGUUCGUCGGAAUUUGACGCACCUAAACUAAACCCAGAAAUUUCCGCCAUACUCUCUGAGUCGGCAGUUAAAAGGGACAAUUUUAUGGUCGAAAAUCAAAAGCUAGCAGGAUCAGCUCUCACAGCAAUCGGCUCGGCGUUGACAUUGAUUAUGAUUGAGGAAGAAGAUAUAGAUAAGCUAUUAUUCGUACAGAGACUUAACGAAGCGGCUAAAUUAAUAAUGGCAAUCCAUUUUAACGAAACCGAGUCGCGUAAAGCUUUCAUUUACCCCGGAAUUAAUAAACAAUUUAAGACGACCCUUAAAGAACGAAAAUCGGAUACUUUUCUGUUUGGAGAAAACUUAGCAGACAAGAUUAAAGAAUCUAAAAGUAUCGCAAGUCUAACACAGAACGUCAAAAAUCAACAGUUUUCAAGAAGUCUGUCACAAUAUUCUAAGAAAAAUUUAAACGCAAAGAGCCUGCAGGUGAAGAGGCCGUUCACCAAUCGUGCAGGCUAUCCCAACACUCAAGGCCACAACCGCUCUCGUCUGACCUUCAGGACGAAAGAACCAUACAACUCGAGAGCACGAACACACCGGAGUUCCAGCAGGUCAACGAGGAAAACCAGAUAAAUCAGGUUGUCACAGCACCCCAGGGCACAACAUCUCCGUUUAAUUGCAGGGAGAUUAUCGGCAAAGCCUUUCUGAAAAAAGGUGUACCUCAAGAGUCAUUAGAAAUAAUGAUAGCAUCGUUGGCAAAUUCAACGAUUAAACAAUACGAAUCAUCUUUACGGCAGUGGAAAACAUACUGUGAACGAAAAGACCUAAACCUUUUUGAACCAACGUGCGACAAUGUGAUACAGUUUUUAACGGAAUGUUUUAGAACCGGUGCGUCAUAUGGCACAUUAAAUUCUCAUAGGUCUGCGAUCUCCUUAAUCUCAGAAAAUAAGAUAGGGGAAGCUAGCUUAAUCACUCGGUUCUUGAAGGGAGUUUUUAGAUUAAAACCUGCACGUCCGAGGUAUGCAUUCACGUGGGAUGUAUCCAUAGUACUUAGGCAUUUAGAAACGCUUUCUCCUUUAAAAGAUCUAAGUCUUAGAGUAUUAACACAGAAGACUGCAAUGUUAUUAGCUUUAUGUACAGCCCAGAGGGCACAAACGCUAACCAGUAUUACUAUUAAUAAUAUUAUUAAGUUACCAGGACGAUUGGAAAUUAGAGUUCCGGAUAUAAUAAAAACGUCAGGACCUGGGAAGUUCCAGCCAUUACUUAUAAUACCAGCCUUUAUCGAAAAACCAGAACUAUGUUUAAUGCAUUCAGUUAUUAGAUACCUAGAAGUUACAGCGAAGCUUAGAGGAAAUAUACAACAGCUCUUCAUUACGACAAGAAAACCUUACAGAGCUAUAAAUACGCAGACCUUCAGUCAGUGGAUCAAAUCCGUUCUCCGAGAGAGCAAAAUAGAUACGUCUAUUUUUUCGGCACACUCAACGCGACACGCUUCCACUUCAAAAGCCUUUUGUAAAGGUAUAAAUUUGUCGAUAAUUAGAAAAACGGCGGGAUGGUCAGAGAAUUCCCAGGUCUUCGCUAAUUUUACAACCGUCCAAUUACAGCCAAUAAUGAUGUUUUUUCAAAUACGGUCUUAACUGAAUAAAAAAAAAAAAA